AUGAAUAGAUUUGUCGAAAAGAGGGAUUCAAAACACUUAAAAUUGAGCCCAAAAAAUGAAAAUAAAGAUGAAAAUGAAAAUAUAAAAAGUUCAUAUUUAUUUAGUCCUUUUAGAACAAUUGGACAUGUUUCUAAUAAUAUUCCAUUUGAUAUUAUGAUUCGAGGGAAUUCUUUUUUGGUUUCUUUAUGUGUUGGGCAAAAUAUUCAAACCUAUGAUUGUUCUAAACUAAAUCUUUUAUUUGUAACACCAAGGACAGAAAGAAAGAUAUCAUCAAUUUGUUCAUGGGGAGAUUUUAUCCUUGCAGGGGCUGGUCAAAAUAUAUUUGCUUACCGCAAAGGAAAAAUUGAAUGGUCAAUAAAACAAGAGGACGAUGAAAAGGUUGUAUUAAUGAGUGUUUUGGGGGGCUAUCUUGUUACAUAUACAGAGAAAAAUAACCUUAUUAUUUGGAACAUUCUUUCUCGAGAAAUGUAUUUAAAAAUAGAGUUCAAUCAAAAUGAAAGUGUUCUUUGUAUGAUUCAUCCAGCAACAUAUUUAAACAAAUUUAUUUUAGGAAAAAAAGAUGGUACUCUUCAAAUAUGGAACAUAAGAACAGGAAAGUUGAUCCAUCAAUUUUCAUCAUUUAAAUUUUCAAUAACAUGUCUUGAACAACCUCCAGUUCUAGAUAUUAUUGCUAUUGGCUUAGCUAAUGGGCUGAUUUUUAUCUAUGAUAUUAAGAAAGAUAAAGAAUUAUUUCAAUUUAAACAAGAUGGAAAGGUUACUUCUAUUAGUUUUAGAACAGAUGGACCACCAAUUAUGUGUUCUUCUAAUGAUAAUGGUGAUAUCUUUAUUUGGGACCUUUUAAAAAAAAGAAUUCUUAAUGUUCUAUAUACAGCACACUUUGGUUCAAUUGUUAGAAUAAAAUUUCUAGAAGGACAGCCUCUUUUAUUAUCUAGCGGUAUUGAUAAUUCUUUAAAGGAAUGGAUUUUUGAUUCACCAGAUUCAACCCCUCGAUUACUUAAGCAUAGAAGUGGUCAUAGUGCUCCUCCAUCUAUUAUUAGGUUUUAUCAAAAUGAUUCACAUUUUAUAUUAUCAGCAUCACGAGACCGUUCUUUAAGAGGGUUUUGCAUAUUUAAUGAUUCUCAAAAUACAGAACUAUCUCAAAAACCAUUCGUUAAAAAACCUAUAUCUUUAAAAUUUUCUCUAGAAGAAUUACGUCUUCCAGAGAUUUUAUCUUUUGCAGUGCAGCCAACAAAAGAAAAAUAUUGGAAUAAUAUAAUAACUGCACACAAAGGAGAAAAUGUGGCAAGACUUUGGUCCUGGAAAAGAAAAGCAAUUGAAAAAUUUGUUCUUAAGACAUCAGAUAAAAGUUCUAUAAAAAGUGUUGCAAUAAGUGUUUGUGGAAAUUUCGGGUUUGUUGGUUCUUCCUUGGGAACAAUUGAUAUGUACAACAUGCAAUCUAGAUUUCAUCGUCGCAAAUUUUGUGACGAUUUAAAUGGACACAAAAAGGAAAUUACAGGAAUAGUUUCAGAUUCAUUAAAUAAAACACUGGUAUCAUCUUCUUUGGAUGGAACUAUAAAAUUUUGGAAAAUAUCCACAGGAAAACUCAUAUAUACUCUUGAUAUAAAGUUACCAAUAACACUAAUGAGAUAUCAAAAAUCCUCUGAUCUUCUGGCGAUAGUUUGUGAUGAUUUUUGUAUUCGAGUUAUUGAUAUUGAAACAACGAAAAUCGUGAGAGAGCUAUGGGGCCAUACAAAUCGUAUUACAGAUUUAGUUUUUUCUUAUGACGGAAGAUGGAUUAUAUCUUCUUCUUUAGAUUCAACGAUUAGAACAUGGGACCUUCCAGUAGGAUGCCUUAUUGAUGCUUUUCGUACUCCAAGUAUAUGUACAAGCUUAGAUUUUUCUCCUACUGGAGACUUUCUUGCAACAACACAUGUAGAUAACUUUGGAAUAACUUUAUGGACAAAUAAGUCUCAGUUUUCUGAAGUAUUUGUUCGUAGUAUCCAAGAAUCUGAAAUUAAAACAAUAAACCUACCAGCAAUAUCAGGAGAGAAUAGCUCUGGAAUUAUUGAUCUUUCGUUAAAAAAUAUACCAAAUGAUACAGAUAUUUUUUUCAAAACUGAAUAUACAUCUUCCAAACAAAUUAAUCAGAUGUUAACACUUAGUUCGGUUCCUCGUUUUAAAUUGAAUACUUUAUAUAAUCUAGAUAUAAUCAAACUUAGAAAUAAGCCGAAAGAACCACCAAAAGCUCCUAAAAAUGCACCAUUCUUUAUAUCGUUUUUAAAAGAUACAUCAAAAGAUAUAACCCCAUCAAUUUUAUACACAAAUGAAUCUUUAGAAAUAGAUAAAAGCGUUUCUAGAAUUAUCAAAAUGAAAGAUCUAUCUGUAGAGAGCCAAUUCACCAAACUUUUAAAACAAGGCGCAACUCAAAAAGAUUAUAUGAAAUUUAUAAAUCAUUUGAAGACAUUAAAUCCAUCAUCAAUAGAUUUUGAAAUACGAUCACUUUCUCCAGAUUCUUUGUUUUCUGAAAUAAUAUGGUUCUUAGAUGCAUUAACUCAAAGUUUAAAAAAACAAAUAGAUUUUGAAUUUAUUCAAAUAUGUAUGGCUAAAUUUCUAAAUAUUCAUGGAGAUAUUUUUAUUGAAAAUCCUAAUAAUGAUGCAUUACAACAGUCACUUAUAAAUUGGGAAAAAGAACAUAAAAUCAUAAACAUCAAAUUAAAGAAACUAGUUGACUAUUGUUCCGGAGUAUUGUCUUUCAUUAGAAGCUAA